GUUCACGCUAUCACUGAGACGACUCUCGGCAUCAGCCCCCACCCCCAGUAUCCGUGCGCACAUAUACUGUAGAGGUUUUGCAACGGUAGUGAGGAGUCGCAUAUCUUUGCCAAACAAAGCAUUACUAAGUAACUACUCAGGCGAGAUCGCUCGGUACCUGUGAGGGACGAAAAACGGCACACGCAAAAUCGCAAACAAAGUAGAGAAGACUAGUUCUCGGACCGAGUCGAAGACUUAAGUGCAAUCAGCAGUGUGCUUGCUUAUAGAAAAGUCGCAAGGUGUUUCGGUUUCGAAUUUCAGAAAGACCCCAAAACCGCUCCGUGUAAAAUCAAUCUUGUUUGACAGAGUUGAAAACCCAGUGUCCUGGUAAGCAUAGUAGUGCAGCGUAGGAGUCUCGAUAGCGGGACUGCAAGCAAGGACUACUACUCAAAGCAGAACCAUCAAUCAAAGAACCGCGACGGUCUGCGAGCGUCUAUCUUCGCCUGGGCCUUCAGUUUCUUCUCUCGCAUUGAUCAGCAACUAUAGCACACCGGCCGCUCUCACCGAAGUCUUUCGCGGGUCGCCGAGUUUGAACCUCUCCUGCGCAACAGCCUUGGCUUCGUACUGCCAGACCAUCUCCUCUUCCACAAAUCCAGCACUAGCAGAUGUCGAAGCGAAACAACGCCGGCACUGGAAAUGCCGGGGGGAAGAACAAGCUGAAGCGCCACGGCACUACCCCGACCACGGACAAGUUCGCUCUGGACUGCGGGCUGCCGGGAUACAAAGUCGACACGGAUGUGAAACAGGAGGCGCGGGCGGUUGUGCGCAAGAAGUCGUACAACUUGUCCAAUAUCAAGCGGGACUGGAUCAACGAGUCCGCCGACAUGGGCAAUCUGCGUGAGGCCGUAAACCUGUUCGGGGCUCUGGGCACCGACGUCUCGGAGUCAAGUAUGCGAUGUCUUUUGAAAAGCAUCUACAUUGAGAAGUAUGACAUCGCCCACAUUUCUAUGCUCUAUGUCAUGCAGAUUAUAUUUGUAAUGCUCUGCCGGUGUUCACAUGUGAGUUGGCGGCUGUCAUAUUUUUCGUAUAGGUGCUUUUGUUUUUUCACCCCCUGCAUACUUGUGCGGAAGGCGACCUUGUUGAUGGAGGCGCUGAACUGUGGUGCCUGGCUGAAUGCGUUCGAGAUUCUCAGUGUGCUAUGACAUGCAAAAAAAGAUUUCAGGCGUUGUAGUUUCUAUUCAUUGGGGGGCUGCGUGAUUUCGUACAAGGCAGGUCGCCAUACUUGCAUAUUCAGAAAAAAAAAGACCUGCGUUCCCGAUCUUUUAUUGCAGCGCGACUUCGUAGCCAAAACAAAACGAAAGUGAAACUCGCAAGACAGAUGAGAUACAACACUGAAAAAAAUUGAUUUGCUUCGCAUACGCCGAGGAGGCUGAGCAGUGGGACAGCACGACGAUGACCCUGGUCCUCGAGCGUGGGGAGACCUUGAUCGGGAACUCCCAGUCCUGGCCAGUUUUGUACAAGAUCCACUCUUCGUUCGAAUCCAAGGCAGCGGAAUUUCCGUUGAAGGAGUACCACGAGGAGCUGGCCAUGAUGGUCCUCAAGCAGAUUAUCGAGGUUUGCCGCUGCAAGCGUUCCUACAACUCCGACGGCUCCGUCAGGACCGGCACGGAGCAGGUGGUUGAUUUUGAAACCGCGGAGGAAGGGGAGCUGCAGGACGUCGCGAAGGUGGGCGCCGUUAAAAAAGUGCCGAAGCCCGUGUUCAAGACGUUGGAUUGCAUCAAGACCUGGUAUAGUGUGUAGAAUUAUUUUAUUUUGUGUUGCGUAUCUCCUGGCAUAAUCGGUCUUCAUGUUGACAAAAAAUUACCAUUAUCAUAGACAAAAACGCAUGACAAAUCACAGAGCUUUUCACAGACGCGCAUGACAAAUUGGAACUACUUACUCAUCAGGUUGCUCGAGUUUCCGGAACUCCAGAAGGUGCUGGACACCACCUACGUGAAGUUGGUGAACGACUCGUGCGAGGAUUUCUUGGCCACAAUCGACCAGUACAUCGCUGAUGACCCCAAGUGUGUCACCUCCAAACUGUUAAAGAAGUUGCGUCCGUUCGUGGUCAACGGUGUUACGUUCGAUGAGCGUGCGGAAAAUGUCAAGUUGCUGCGCAACAUCGCGCUGCAGAACGGCGCGCUGCCGCCGUUGGCAACCAAGGACAAGAUGAAGAAGUUCGCGUUCAAGGUUACCGAAAUCCUCCAGGCGGUCUCCGACGAUGGCGAGUCCAUCAUGUCGCUGUUCAUGUUGGGCGAUCGCACUGCGCGCAUCAACCGCAUCAAGCCGUUCAUCUCGCAGCCGCUGAACAAAAUCGUCGAUGGGAUCGAGAAGGAGAUCAAAGAUUUUGCGAAGAAGUUUCUGCCGAGCACGAAACACGGCGUGGCGCGCCACAUUCUGAACAUGGAGUUCAAGAACUACUUCAUCAACCUGAAGAAGGCCGUCUCGGAGGUCGCCCUCUCUGACGAGAUUUUGGCGGGGAUGAAUGAGGAGUGGAAGAAAUACGCCCUCCAUGUUUACACCCUGAUGACGACGCAGGUCGGCGUUGCCAUCCCGGUUGCGGCGUUGGAUUUUGUGAAGGCUGCAAGUGGUGUCGUCGGCUCGUACAUCGGAGCCCACGCGAAAGUCAUCCUGUGCAUGGGGCCGACGUUCACCGUCUCCUCCCUCACCAACCUCCAGGCGCUUUUGAAAUCCGCAGUGGACGUGUUGCGCAAAGAUCACCACGCGGCGAUGCAGCAUCUCGGGGCCAUGGUGGAAUUGUACCAGAAGAAGAUUUUGCAGGUGGAUCUCGCCGCUAUCAUGCAGAAGGCCACGGACUACAACAAGUCCGUGACGGUGAAGGUGGACGAGCUGGAGAAGUUCCGCAAGGAGUGGAAGGCGAACAAGAUCAUGUUCCUGCUGGACGAGUGCGAGGUCUGCAAGCUGAACCCCGGGUGCACCUGGUUGCGCGAGACGCAGCGAAAGGCCGCGAACCAGUACACGGAGGCGUUGGACAAGGCGACCAAGCGUGCUGCCGCCGCGCAGCUGAACGCGAACGGUGGUGGAAACGGGAACAAUGCCGCCCAGAACGCCGGGGUCGCGGGUGGCCGCCUCGCGGGGAACAAGGAGGUCCUGAAGAAGGGCAAGAAGCUGUAA